AUGGCGCCGGCGGCCGACAUCGACUUGUACGCGCCUUUUGAGCGGGAUACGAUCCUGGAGAUCCGGACCAGUAAGAUGAAGGCGAUGCCCGGCCUCAAGAUCCAGUCCGGGAUUGACAAGGAACUGCGCGACGGCCGAAUCCCCGUCUCCCUGGGGGGACUGGAUGCGGAUGAACAUGAUCUGACCUUUCACGGUGGACCGGACAAGGCAAUUCACGGAUAUUGCGCAUCCCACUAUCCCACCUGGCGCGACGAGUUCCCCGAGGCCGCCGCGCGCUUCCAGCCCGGCGGCUUCGGCGAGAACUUCGUGACGGAGCGCAUGAACGAGCGCAACGUCUGCAUCGGGGACGUCGUGGCCGUCGGCACGGACGGCGUGCUGCUCCAAGUCUCCCUGCCGCGCCAGCCGUGCUUCAAGCUGAACCACCGGUUCCAGCUCAAGAACUUCGCGCCCAACACGUACAAGACCAGCCGCACGGGCUGGUACUACCGCGUGCUGCGCGAGGGUAGCGUGGCGGCGGGCGACGAGAUCCGUCUCGUGGAGCGCAAGCAUCCCAGGUGGACGAUCGAGAGGGUCCAGGAGUAUCUGCAUCGCACGCUGGAUGAUGCUGAGAUGAACGAGCUGCUGGCUGGUGUUGUCGACAUGGGCGAUGAGAGCAGGAAGGCGUUUGAGACGCGCGUCGCGAAGCUCAAGGCUAGACAGAAGCGCGCGGCGGGCAGCGAGGCGAAGGAGGCCGAGCGGUGGCGCGAGUACAAGCUCGUGGAGAAGAAGGCGCAGACGGCGCGGAUCUCGUCCUUUGUCCUGGAGGCCGUGAGGCCCGAGCAUGAUACCGGCGGGGAAGGGGCAUUGGCUAACUUACAGCUGGGCUCGCACGUGCGACUGAAGUUGCCGAACGGCCUCUUGCGCUCGUACUCGAUCGUCUCGGGGAGUCCGAACCGCUUCGAGCUGGGCGUCGCGCGGGAAGAGCCCGGGCGCGGCGGGUCGGCGUACCUGCACCAGACGGCGCAGGAAGGCGACGUCAUCCAGGUCGGCCGCAUCACCACGGACGUCAAGCCCGUGGCCGCGGCCAGCAACCACCUCUUCGUCGUCGGCGGGAUCGGCAUCACGGCCUUCCUCGGCAUGAUGGAGACGUACAGCCGCAUCAACUGGGAGACGACGCUGCACUACGGCGUCCAGUCCACCGCGGACGUUCCGUUCCGCGAGCGCGUUGAUGGUUUGGGCGACUCGGUGCGGCUGUACGAUAGGUCCAAGGGCGAGCGCAUGGACAUCCCCAAGAUUUUGGGGGACCUGGGGUGGAACUCGCACGUUUAUGUUUGUGGGCCGCGGCGCAUGAUGGAAGAGGCGGCACGCGAGGCUAAGAGGUGCGGGCUCGGACCCGACGAGGUGCAUUUCGAGGCCUUCGCCGCGGACGCGACGGGGGACCCGUUCGAGGUCGAGGUCGCGAACCGCGGGGGCAGGGUCCUGAGGGUGGGCGAAGAGGAGACGCUGCUGGAGGUGCUGCGGCGGUGCUUUGGCGACGACGGGGUGGCGAGUAGUUGCGAAGUGGGCAAUUGUGGGACGUGCAGGGUGGCGCUUCGGCAGGGGAGGGUCGAGCAUAGGGGUUCGGCGCUGGUGGAGGGCGUGGAGGGCGAUGGGGAGGGGGAGGGGAUGCUGAGUUGUGUUAGUAGGGGGGUUGGGAGGAUCGUUAUUGAGAUCUGA